CGACAAGAUCAACCAGCCGAUAUGACAAGAAUGGCACUCCACACGACUAUCCUGCUCUUCGCGAGCAAGCUAGCUCAAGCGCAGCUUGCCAACACUACCUCGACCACCUCCACACAACCCACUCCCACCGCCAUAACACCAUGGAACGUAACACACUACGGCGGCACCGUAAACAUCACCAACAAUCUAGCCGCUACUCCGCCCAUGGGUUGGAGCUCAUGGAACCACUAUGGCCCGGACAUCAACGAAACCGUAGUCCGCGACACCAUCGACGCAGUCGAGCGUCUAGGCCUCAAAGACGCAGGCUACGUCUACAUCAACAUCGACGAUGGAUGGCAGCGGUACAAGGGGUCUCGGGAGGAACACCCGCUUGAAGUCGACCCUGUAAAGUUCCCGAAUGGGAUUAAGGGUGUUGCGGAUUAUGCGCAUUCCAAAGGGUUCAAGUUGGGGAUUUAUAGUGGGCCGGGGGUGGAUACGUGUGCUGGGUAUACGGGGAGUGAGGGGCAUGCGGAAGAAGAUGCUAAGUUGUUCGCGGAAUGGGGAGUAGAUCAUUUGAAGUAUGAUAGUUGUUGCUCGCAUGGAACUGCACCACAGGCCGAAGUCCAACAGGUCAUGCUCGACAUGAGUAACGCGCUCAUAGCCACGAACCGCUCCAUCGUUUUCCACGCGUGCCACUGCGGAUGGGUCAAUGUGUGGGAAUGGGCCGCUGAAGAAGGUGCGAAUCAGUGGCGUAUCGGACAAGAUAUUUCCGACGAUUUCAAUUUUGUCGGAAAUCGCGAGAAGUACUACUUCGAUGUGCUGGACAUGGUGGAUCGAGGGAACGAAGUGGCGCAGUACACAGGACCAGGCCACUGGAACGACUACGAUAUGCUAAUCGUAGGGCUAAACGGUGAGAGCAAACAGCUCGUUGGCACAGGAUUGUCGGAUAUCGAGUAUCGGACGCACUUCUCCCUCUGGGCUUUGGCCGCGAGCCCACUGCUCAUCGGGGCGAAUGUCGCGAACUUGUCCCAGUACAAUCUUGCUACCCUUUCAGCCAAGGAGAUAAUUGCUGUGAACCAGGAUCCUCUCGGUGCUCCCAUGUAUUUGCAGUGGUCUGCAAAGGACAAUAGCACGCAGAUCUAUGCGAAAGCGCUGAAGGACGGCGCAAUGGCAAUUGCGUUAUUGAACCGAGGUGGUGAGCCUGCGAUGAUAACGGUGAGUAUGCGUGAGCAUCUGACGGUACCUUGGGAUGUAUACAAGUUGAGGGAUCUGUGGAAGGGGCAGGAUAGAGGUCCUUAUGAUAUUCCGUUCACGACGGAAGUGAGGAGCCAUGAGGCGAAAGUGUAUAGAGUUGAACAGGUGGCUUGUACCGUAGGAUGUUGA